AAGUACAUUUUUAUUGGAGAAGGGAGUUGAAGCAACCAAUGAGGAUCCUUGUUCUUCGUUUGCCAGACGUUUGCCAGCUACGACGUAAAAACAUCAUGGCCGCUGCCAUUGCUACAUUUAGUACUUUCUGUGCUAUUUUCUCUCACGAGAAAUAACACAAUUCGUUUUUUAUUGGAUUGAAAAAACGAUUAGAUCACCACCAGGGAGUGAAAUAUUAAGCAGUUGAAUGCAUUUUCAAACCUGUCAAGUUCAGGGAGGAAACGUUAUUUUGAUGUGGUUAGAUAACCAGCUAACAUUAAUCAUAAAUAACAAUACAAAGCACCACUCUUCCGCUAGCUACUAGUGGUGUGGUGUUUAUUGUUUAGAAUUAUGUUAAAUUUUCUCACAGCAAGACAGACAGGACUUGACGAUCCACUUCGCCUUAGACGCGCAGAGUCAACAAGGAGGGUCCUAAAUUUAGAGCUCAACCAUGAUCGAGAUGUGGACAGAAUCCACGGCAACGGGAUCAAUACAAUUGACAUUGAGGUCAUUGAAGGAAGAUACAUGCUGUCUGGGGGAGCUGAUGGGGUUAUCGUUAUCUAUGACCUGGAGAAUAACACGAGGAAGCCACAGUAUACCUGCAAGGCAAUCUGCACCAUAGGCAGGUCCAGUAGGUAUGUCCACAGGUUCAGUGUAGAGACAGUCCAGUGGUAUCCUCUGGACACUGGCAUGUUUGUCUCCAGCUCGUUUGACAAAACAAUGAAAGUGUGGGAUACAGAGACUCUUAAGCCUGCCGAGGUAUUCCAGUUUGAAGGGAACGUCUACUGCCACCAUAUGUCCCCUGUCGCCAGGAAACACAGCCUCAUCGCAGUCGGCACCAAAGACCCCAAGAUCCAACUGUGCGACCUGAAGUCUGGUUCCCGCAUCCACGUUCUUCAAGGUCACCGGGGAGAGAUACUAUCUGUGAAGUGGUCCCCCAGAUAUGAGCAUAUCUUAGCCACAGCCAGUUCUGACAGCAGGGUGAGAGUGUGGGAUGUGCGAAGGGCUUCCGGAAGUCUCUUUACUCUGGACCAACACAACGGGGACAAGGCCAAAGCCUCCUCCGAGGCAGUAAAUACAGCCCAUAACGGCCGGGUAAAUGGUCUCUGCUUUACGGCAGACGGCCUCUACCUCCUCACCGCCGGAACAGACGACCGCAUGAGGCUCUGGAACAGUGCCACUGGAGAGAAUACACUGGUGAACUACGGGAAAGUGUGUAAUGAGAGCCGCAAGGGGUUAAAAUUCGCCGUCUCUCAGGGCUGCAGCCCAGAGUUUGUGUUUGUGCCGUGCGGCAGCUCUCUGGCAGUGUACGGCCUCCACACGGGCCAGCAUGUCACCACGCUGAGGGGACACUACAACAACGUGGACUGCUGCGAGUUUCACCCCGACUACCAGGAGUUGUACAGUGGAGGGAAAGACUGCAACAUCCUGGCCUGGGUCCCUGUUCUACGGCCCCCCGAUGCGGAGGACGAGGGGGCCACAGCUAAAAAGGUUGGUGGCCUGUCUGUAGUGAACCCUGCUUUUGAAGAUGCCUGGAGCAGUGAUGAGGACUGAUGAGGGCAUCACCGCAAACCUGCCCCAACCCAUCUGGAGCCAGGACCAGCCGUUAGGGAACUCCUAUAUCACACCGACACCUAAAGAAGAUGGGGACUUUAAUUUUAGAAAGACUUUUGAACACCUCUACUGGUGUUCUAGUGUAGGCCUAAGACAGGCAUUGUGUGUCAGAGUUGACAAUUGAUUUUGCCAAGAAAAAGUGUUUAUUUGUAUACAAAUUAUGUUUUGGAGUUGUGUGAUGUUUUGCAGACUUUUACAUUGAGCAAUCGUUUUGGUCUUAAAUGCAACACACUCACACAAUUUCUUGUGCCACUCCCGUUUGUUUUGUUGUCUUGGGUAUGACAGAAACCAGUGCUGUAUAGUUCUAGGUAGGGGUGAUACUGAGGUGACCCUCCCCAUCGACUGGGUAUUUGUUUACAAAAGAUUCUGUUAGGAAUCCAUGCACCCAAGUGCUUUUACCAUCAUGGCUUUCUCAAUGAUUAUAAUCACUUUGUAUGUAUUGUCAACAUUUUCCCAUACAUAUAAACAUGUCCACCGUGUUCAGGGCUUUAAUCAGAAGAUCAGUUAUUUGUAUAAAAUGUAUAUGAAUAGUUGCUUCUUGUAUGUUUGUAUAUAAUGAGUAAUGUGAUUAAAUGAUUGCCUUUG